GCCGCCGUCGUCGCCAGUCGCAUUGCCGCGUCCGACUCGUGCAGUCUGUAGUUUCGUAAAUGUCCGUGAAUUGAGCGCGUGCGCGCUCGUACUCUAGCUUCAUCAAAAUAAUACGUUUGAAAAUUACUAACCGUAACGUCGUCACGUAAAAUUAAAAAAAAUAAAUUCGCCUGUUUUCCUAUAAGUACAUACCUAUCGGAUUUCGAAUCAUCUAAUAAAUUAAAAUUUAACACUGCCGUAAAAAGCAAUCAGAAAAUAAAACUAUAUAAAAAAUAUUAUUUCGUCCAUCAGUAUUGUUGCACCGUAAAAAGUCACUAGGGACUACAUUUUGUUGUCAUAGGUAUUUUUUUUACGUCAAACGAUUCGGAGACGUCUUGAACCCAUCGUAUUGUUAUACACAUUAUAAUAUGUAGGUAAUACUAUAUUAGGUAAAGUAUUUAAAUCAAAAUGUUCGACACCGUUUAGUCGGCACUAUAAAAUCGGUCGUAUCGCCACCUAUACCGCGUUAUCUAUUUGCCCGGGGCUGGUGCGCGUGAAGAGUAAAUAUUGAAAAACGCGUCGUUUAUCGCAGUUGUCCUGUCACUGCUACAACAACUGCCAUCACCACCACUGCCGUUAAUUGAUAAUGACUGGUAAUCGUGCAUGAGAUGCUCAUCGCCGACGGUUAGUCAGAGAAAAACAGCCGUAAUGUCCAGAAGAAAACAGAGCAACCCGAAGCCGCUGAAACCCGGCGAAGAUAGCGAAUGGACCACAAAUGAUGAAGUGGUCAGCGGUAAUGACGUGACAGCAAAAUGUGAGGUAAACGCAGAACAACAGCAACAACCGUCGCCGCCAUCACGACCUGAACCGGAAGAGCCACCACCUGCCAAUGACUCGCACCCAACGUUAAGACUUAAUCCGAAUUUAGCCACUGAUCCAGCUAGAUGGUCGCUCGCGGACAAACCGUCACCGCCACAGCCUCCAUUGCCACCACCGCCGCCACCGUCAUCAGGAACAUUAACUGCCGCCGCAGCCGCGUCAUCUUCGGAAUCGUCGUCUUCAUCGUCUUCGUCAUCGUCACUGUCGUCGUCUGCGAUCGGCGAACCUACUCACAACGUAGUCACCAUUACCGCACCUAGAGCGAUUCAAAUAUUCAUUUGCAACCCGUGCGGGAUACGAUUCAGUUCGCUGAGCACGUUGGACGCCCAUCAGACGUACUAUUGUUCACGCAGACACAAAAAAGAUUCAGAAUCAGAUGAUGUAAAGUUGCCGAUUGUCAUCGAAUCGGACGAGAUGACCAUGGGCAAUGAUACAGAUAGCCGUCCAUCGUCCGUCGAACCAUCCGCCAAGUCGAUGAGAACGGGAAAACAAUACAAAUGCCCUCAUUGUAUAUAUAGCGCCGAUAAAAAAGUAAGUCUGAACAGACAUAUGCGCAUACAUUCCAUAUCGCCGGUGUUGGUGCAAUCGCCACCGUGUCCGACGGACAAUGCUGACCCGUCAGUGGUGGACCGGUACUGCCAGAACUGUGACAUCCGGUUCUCUAACUUGCGUACGUACCAGGCACAUAAGACGCACUAUUGCAACACGCGGCACGUGGUCAAACCAACCCCGUCCAGUUCGCCUAUGCCUAACAACCCGUCACCCACCAGCGUGGUGCCCACUUACCUGGCACUACCCACCAAUCCUGUCAUCGUAGUUCCUUACACACUCGUACAAAAUGCAAGCGUCCUGUCCGCCCUAUCGGCGGACAUAGGCCCAUCCCCGCCCACCGACACCGCUUGUAUCGUCCUAUCCGACGGCACGCUUCAGCCCAUCGCCCAGGCACUGGUACCCACCAAAUUCAACAUGGGCAACAGCGACAACAUACAGAGAGACCACUCGCAGUCUCCACCGGAAGAAUUCUUUUCGCCGCCUCAAAAAGCCGAGUCGAUCAGCUCUGAGACGAAAAAGAGACCGGCACCGCAACCGUCGUCGCCGCUCGACCUGAGACUGAAGCGCGUAUCGAAGUCAUCGCAGGACGCCGCCGGCUGCACGGACGGCGAGGAGGAAAAGGAAAACAGACGGAGCGACGGUAACGUAACCGACGCGGAGGACAUUGUGUGCGCGCCGUCCAUUCCGUGCAUGAUACUGUCGCCGUCGUCUUCUCCGACGUCCGGCGGCGGCGACAGCGGUGGUGGCAACAAGACUCCACAACACCGGUCCGGGAUGCAACACCUCCACCACAAUCAGCAACUGCAGCAGCACCACCACCAGCAACAGCAACUGCAGCAGCAGCAACAGCAACAGCAGCACCACCAUCGCAACCACAUCCCGCAGCCGCCGACCAACGGCGUGGUGCAGCAUAGCGGCAAGCUCAUCCCGAUGUACGACGGAACAGACCGGAACGGCGGCAAGUUCAGCGUCUCUAACCUGUUGCACGUGUCCGGCGUCAAACAGGAACCGGCCAGCAAUAACGGCGAGCCGCCGCAUCCCGCGAUGCACCAUAUGCCGACGGCCGCUCCGCAUCACAGAUUCAGCGCCAUGCACAAGUCGCUGUUGUCCUCGGCCGUGGUGGCCCCUAUGCCGCCCGGCGUACAGCCCCGCGGCCUCGGCGAACUCCUCAAUCCGGCCGCCGUGUUGCCGUACUUCACGCCCGACAUGACGCUCCGGCUGGCCGCCAACUCGGGGCAGGACGGUGCAGGCGGCAUGCCGCCCGCCCACCAUCAGUUCUACUUGAAACAGGGCCCGUCCAAGUGCGAGAGCUGCAACAUCGUGUUCUGCAAGUACGAGAACUUCCUGGCGCACAAGAAACACUACUGCGCGUCCCGCCCACCGCCGGACGGCGGGGACGGCGAAGCGGACAAGACGAGUCCCGAAGGAUCGCCGGGGCCCAAGCCGCUUACGGUGUCGUCGCCGCAGUCGUCCAAGGACAGCGUAAGCCCCACGCCGGUGCUCAAGCCGCCUAUGAUCCAGUUCAUAUGCUCCACGUGCGGCGUCAAGUUCUCGUCAUUCGACAACCUCACCACGCACCAGACUUUCUAUUGCCCGAACAGGACUGCUGGGGCGCUGCAGGAAUCGGUCGACAACAAGGCAGCGUCGCUUGCAUUGCCGUCAAAAUGUCCAAAAUGCAAAAUGACCAUCGACGGGACACAACACCACCAGUGUCAGCCAACCAACUGUUGGAAGUGUCCGGUGUGCGGCGCAGUGUGCUCGAGCGCGUCGGCCGCCCAAAAACAUUUGGACAACCACAACGGCAUUCGGGCGUUCGUGUGCACUAUCUGCCAGUACAAAGGCAAUACGCUCAGGGGUCUCAGAACGCACAUCCGCAUGCACUUCAACAAGCGUAUGAUUCCGGAUCUCAUGGAAGAAGAUUACGUGACAUGUCUGAUCGACGAGAACUCGGCGUCGUCGAUGGUGGACGGACGUGCCAAAACGCCGACGACUUCGGACUCCGCUGACAAGCCGUUCGUACCGUCGACCGUCCUAGUUAAGACUGCCACCGCUGCCGCCGCCGCCGCCGCAGCUUUGUCUUCGCCGUCACCGUCGCCGUCGUCGUCUCUGUCAUCCACCGCCGCCACCGCCACCGCCGUUGUCGUUGUGGACGACGAGCCAAAAGAGUUGGUGGUCGUCAAACAGGAGUCGGUCAACGGCGUGGCCGCUGCGCCUCCGGCGGACGAACCGGCCACCGGCAUCGGCCACCAUCAACAGCCGACCGCGACUUCCGACGACCUGCAGGCGCAGCAACAACUUCCGGCGCAGUCGCAACUGCAACUGCAGUCGGCGGUCGGCAACAAGCGGCCCGGCAUCACCGCGAAAUACUGCAAAGCGUGCGACAUAUCGUUUAACUAUCUGUCAACGUUCAUCGCACACAAAAAGUACUAUUGCCGGAACAGCACCGAGUACAAGUGCAACACGGAAAACGCCAAGACGGCCACCGUCACUUAGGUGACGUGUAACGCGCAUCCGACCGAUAAAUCCUACGGUUGUCGUAUUACAUUAUUAUUAUUAUUAUUUUUUUUUUUAUUAUUAUUAUUAUUAUAUUAUCUUUAUUAUUAUUAUUAUUAUUAUUACUAUUAUUAUUAUUAUUAUUAUUGUCAUCAUCAUCAUUUAUAUCAUCAUUAUUUGAACGUAUAUAAUAUUAUUAUAUAUAUUAUAUUAUGCUUAUGACUUGCCGACGAUCGCGAUCCUAUAAAAUAUAUAUAUAAUAUUGUUAUAAGUACGCGUAAUAAUAAUAAUAUAUAAUGACGACGUUGACGAACAACUUGUUGCUGCAAACUGUACCUAUAUAUUACACAGUUACAAACGAUGACUCCAUCAUAAUAUUAUAAUAUUGUUCUUCGUACGCACUCCAAAAAUAAUGUUUUAUUAACUAUUAUUAUCACGACGAUGAUAAUGAUUAUUAUUAUUAUUAUCUAUGUUUACUAUAAAAUUUAAAUUUUUUAUAAUAUACCGUUUACAUAUGUAUCCCUUCGAUACGUAUGCAAUAUGGCAUAUUAUAUUAGAAUCGAUCGUGUUUAAACUUUUAUUAUAUAUAUAUAUAUUUUUUUUUUUUUUUUUGAAAUUAAAUAAACAAUUUAUUAAAGAGGUAUCAUUUCCAAACGUUGUUUUCAUAUUAU